AUGUUACACCCAAUUCUUGAUAUUAGCAAUUUUAAUAUUGUUCUUACUGUUUUAAGCCUCUAUAUCCUUCUUUUCGGCUAUAUAUCUCUACAAUUCAAGCAAAGAUGGUACUUGGGUGAAGCCCUCCCCGCAUUUCUUGUUGGCAUCUCUUUUGGACCUUUCGGCACCAAGUUUCUAAAUAUUUCACAAUGGGGAGGAGAGGAAGCUGAAGAGCGCAGUGAAAUCACAUAUGCCUUGACGCGCUUGGUUAUCGGGAUCCAAUUAGUUAAAGUCGGAUACCAAUUGCCAAAGCGAUAUAUCAAGCAGCGCUUCAUCGAACUUACCAUCUGUUUACUUCCCCUCAUGGGGAUAGGGUGGGUUAUAUCAUCUUCAUGCAUCAUGCUCAUGGUUCCUAACAUCUCAUUUCUCGCCGCGCUGAUCAUCGGCUCAUGCGUAAUAUGCACUGAUCCUGUUCUAUCGCAAGCAAUUGCCAAAGGUUCAUUUGCCGACAAGUACGUCCGUCGGCAUCUCCGUGAAUUCAUUUCUUCCGAGGCUGGUGCAAAUGAUGGGUUCGGGUUUACCUUUCUCUUACUAGCCGUCUCGCUCUUACGGUACGCUGAGACUCCUGUAAAUACCGAAAGUUUAAAGGAAUUUGAUCUAGUUCGAGGAAUCCCAGACGUGCUCGGCGCCUCUGAUGUCGGUCGCUUUGGCGGAGGUGUUGGAGCUACAUAUGGUGCUCUGAUAGGGUUUGUGUCUCGCAAACUAUUGAUCAUAGCCCUGAAGAGGAGAUGGAUCGAGAACGAGAGCCUCUCUCUUGUACCGAUGGCUAUUGGCAUGCUAGUCGUCGGCACUUGCGGUUGCGUUGGCUCAGACGAGACCCUUGCAUGCUUCAUCGCCGGGAGUUUCUUGAAUUGGGAUGGCAUGUACAACUCCGAGAUGCAAGCUCGUCAUGACACUUUUAAUCUUACGCUCGAAACCCUCUUGAAUUUCGGCACCUUCAUGUACCUCGGGGCCGUCAUGCCGUGGGAACAAUUUCAUAUGCCCCACGACACUGGAAUCACACUUCCGCGACUAUUUGGCUUGGGAUUUUUGAUUCUAGUCCUGCGUCGGAUCCCAGCAAUCCUACUCGGAUACCGGUUCCUACCUGCUGUCUGUAAUGACUGGACUGAAGCUUUGUUCAUGGGUUACUUUGGCCCGAUCGGUAUUGGCGCAAUCUCAUACGUAGAAUACGCCCGUCGACUUUUCCCCGAACCCGGCGAAAGCGACAGUGAGAUCAAUAACUUAACCGCAACCAUGACACCCGUCGUAUACUGGCUCGUUCUCUUCUCUAUCCUCGUUCACGGCUUAUCCGUCCCUAUCCUUAACGCAUUUUACAAACUCUGCAACGUGCCAUACAUAUGUGACCACCCCGUUGAAGUCCUCCUUCUCUCGAAUAGCGAGCCGCUCCCCAACAACAGCACGGCGAAUCGCGCACGACACUCAGUGAUGGUCAACAACCGCUUCUCACGACCCCCAGAAAGCGACGACGGGACAGACGACUGCCAACCAGAAGACGACACAGCAGUGAUCCUCAGAAGAAGUGAAGACGGCGCCAGCACAGACGAUGACCGACCGGAGUCACGGAACACAAUACAGAUGAUAGACCGAGCAGUUGACACAAGAGAUAUAGUAUAGAAAGACAUAGAAUAAGCAUAGCACAGCACAAUCUACUCACCCAAAAAAAAUAAUGAACUACGCACAAUAAUUCAAAACCAUACCUCGAAACUAAACCAGUAAUAUUAUUCACUCAUCAACACAUUCAUAGAUCAUCAUCAAUCAUCCAAAUAUGCCCUAACCCAUCUCAGCAAAAACCAAACUCCACCAACAACAUUCCACCAUCAUAAACUCCACCCAAAAACAACCGCUUAAACAGGGCAAGUCUAAACACGCAUCACCAACGUUAGCAUCUACCUCAAACCCCACCCCAAGAACAAGGAAACAGCCAUACCUUUCCACAAGCGGUGCAAGUCUUGUUCUCACCAGGAAUGGGAGCGUUGCAGGAAGGGCAAGUAGAGUGAGCCAUUUUGAUUAUAGAUCGAUGAAAAUCGAGAAGACAGGAACUACAACACAGAUGUAAACAUUAGCGUCACUCUCUUCCCCCAAGCAAAAAGCCGUUAAUUAACAUCAUGCAGAAGUAAUGGUUAAUCUUACCGAGCUAGGUUGUUGUUGCUGGGGACCUUGUGCAAAAAAAUAAAAAGAAUCAGGUAAUGAGGAGUAGAGUGAAGAAAGUGAGAAAAGCGAGUGAGUAA